CUGCGUACAUGGUGGAAAUGUGUUUUGUGAUCGCCUUGACAGAAUACUCUGAUACCACCAGAAUUGUACGCAUACAGAAAUCAUAGAGACUGAAUAUGUACUCAGAGAUCAGGUUAUGAACUAUUUUGUUCAUGAUCAACGCCAUUUUCAAAGUUUAAAAGGACAUAAAUUCAGGAUACAGUAAGGUAUGAGGAAAUUACCGUCAUUGUUCCGUUCAAUCUUAAGUCAUCCAAAUCUAUCUGGGGUAAUCGUCAGAUGCAAAUACUCACUUAAAUUGUGGGAUGGAAAGAGUGUUUUACCAUUCACAAGUGCAUAUGCAAUUAGGUGUUUAUCUUGCACCAAAAAGGUUUGGAGUAAAUCCUACCAAUCCACUGGCUUUGGGUCAGAAAGCAAAGAACUUGAUUCAAACGAGGAACUAGAGCUGAUUCAAGGUCCCCAAUUUGAAGAUGAAGAGUUACAGUCUCACUACGAGCGACAUCACUUAUCCCCAGUGUCCGGACACAAAGUAUUUGUCAUUCAGCCAGAAGUGAAAUGGGGGCCGAGAAAACAACACCUAACGACAGGAGAUUUACAACGACAGGAAGCUGUGACGCUUAUUGAGACGCUAGAAAACUGGUCAGUUGUUGAUUCACUGACGGUAUCGCUCAAGAAACCGGGUCAUAAGCAUGUAUUCGGCAAGGGGAAUUUUGCUAUGUUGACGAACCUCAUAAAGUCGAUGAGUAGCGUCACUGCAGUGUUCAUGAGUGUUGAAAUGCUUACUGGACUGCAACACAAACUUUUGGAAGAAGCAUGGGGUGUUCAUGUUUAUGACCGCUAUACAAUUGUGUUGAAUAUUUUCAAGGAGCAUGCUGUGACGAAAGAAGCAAAGCUUCAGAUAGCAUUAGCAGAAAUUCCAUAUCUAAGAUCUCGUUUGAGAGGUAUGGUUUCAAAUAUGGACCAGCAAAGUGGUGCUCAACAGUAUAUUGGUGGGGGUGGUGAGACUUUGCUAGAAGUGCAGAGACGGAUGCUGGAUGAACGGGAAAUGAAAAUAAAGAAAAGGUUAUCCAAGCUGAAGAAAAGACGAGAAUUAUUGAGGACCAUCAGAAAAAAGAAACAAUUUCCAACUAUAUCGGUCGUAGGUUACACAAAUUCAGGUAAAACUACACUGAUAAAAAGUCUUACUGGAGACCUUGACCUUUGCCCCCAGGACAAACUAUUUGCUACACUGGACAUCACUUCCCAUGUUGGUCAAUUGACCAAUAGAAUGAAUGUUAUUUACGUUGACACAGUGGGGUUUAUAUCGGCAUUACCGCAUAACCUAAUAGACGCGUUCUCUGCAACGCUGGAAGAUGUUAUGUUGUCAGAUUUAAUUAUACAUAUUCGUGAUGUGAGCCAUCCUGACACUGUGGCACAGAAAGACAACGUUCUUAGAGUACUACAGGAGAUGGGAGUACCUGAUGAACUAACCAAUAACAUGAUAGAAGUGUGCAAUAAAAUAGAUGUCUUAGAAAAACAAACGACAAACCCUCAUACUAGACAGACAGCAGGUAUAAUGGUUUCCGCCUUGAAUGGAACAGGACUUCAAUUACUGAAGAAGGAAAUUGAAAAGAGUUUGUUAAAAGUAACAGACAUUGUCUCGAAGACGUUACGAAUACCUAUGAAUGGGCCUCAGUUGAGCUGGCUGUACAAGACAACUACAGUGACAAACACAAAUGCUUCUGAAGAUUCUGAACAUUUACAUGUUAAUGUAAUUAUGACUAAAUCUACUUAUGCAAAAUUUAAAUCGAAAUUUGGAGACCUUCGUGUGGGAAUGUAA